UAUGUUUUCUGUCUGGAAAAGAACGGGAAUAUUUUCCCGCACAACCAGGAUUCAGUCGCCAUGCAGUGGAAUAUUCUAUGAACUGCCAUCCAGGUGACGUUCCUAAUCCAAGCUAUUUCCCAUCUGAGGAUCGACUUCAGAAACCUAUCAGCCUGAAAGGUUAUGGAAUUGGUGGUCUUUCUGCUCCAAGAUUUCCAGGAGAAAGCAAGAACCGAUUUGGAAGGAAGGAACAAAGCAGAAAGUCCAGCAGUUCCGCACAAGAUGAGAAGGGCCAGGCAGGGCGAAAUAGUAGUGACGAUAAAAAUAUGUCUCCUGAAGUUUUAACCUCUGUUUGGAAGAAGGAAUUGAAGCUGACGGAUAAAGUUGCCCCAAUUCUAACGCCGGAGCAGUGUAAACAGAGAAAGUGGGCAUUUGGACAAUCGGUCCAUGCCCCAAAAUUUGCUAAAAGCAAUGGAGGCAGCGAUGGUGUAGGUGUGGGCCACUAUGAAGUCAGCAUUCCCAAACAUUGCAAGAGGAUCCCCGUCUCAACAGUUUUUGGAGCAGGGCCCGUCACCAUUCAUGAAAAGACUCAAACAAUUUGCAACUUUGAAGGGUUUGACCACUGCAUCGAGUGUCAUCGGUGUCUUGACUCGACGGACUAUUACCGAUCCCUUCGUUCCAUCGCUAUACCACAAAACUACUUCCAUACGUACUCCAACCAGUCGGAAUAUACUCAGCCGUCGCCUACCGUAAAGUCCUCUCCCACAAAGUUGACUCGAAUGGACCGCGUCAUGCUCGCAAUAUCGAAUUCGAAAUUGUCUCUAGACCCAGGUGAACUCAAGAUGGACCAUGCAAAGCACAUCGCAUUUUGUCCAACCUGCUACUUUGAAAUAAUUCAAACUGGGCACGAGUACUGGACCCCCAAAAGGCUUGUGGGUGGGAAGUUUACGAAGACACGCCACUGUGUCAAUAUCCACGAGCACAACAACUUGCCCGUCUUUGUACACAAAGUACCUUGCAAGUUAAUCCAGAAACUGAAGAGGAAGGAAGCUCUGAUGAACAAGUAUUUCCCAGAUCGUUGUGAUAAAGUGGACCGCGAGAGGUGAAGUAAAAAAGGAUUGUCUUGACACUACUACAAGUACUUCUGCUGCUGCUGCUACUGCUACUUCUACUACAAAAGUCAAGGAAAAGAAUAAACCUAGACGGACAAGAAAGUGUUGAUACGAUGACGACGUUGGUGAUAAUCUUAUCAAUCUUAUCAUAAUAGGAUUUACA